AUUUGACGCAUUUGAUGUUAUACCAUGUUUUGGAAAUACAUGUGAUUAUCGUGGCUGGAUACGAUCCUCGAGAUACACACAUGAUGAAACAACAUGGAUGAUGACAUGCUUUCAUCCUCUGACAGCUAUUCAGAAAACAGAGAAAUAACCCCCUCGGUGGAAGAUUGCGGUGUGGGGACACUUAGCAGUAAUGGCACACCACCAAGUACCAGUGAUCGCCAAGAUGCAGCAAUUGAUUGUGGACAGGUUGGAGGGACUAAAUGGAAGGCUGAUGCAAAGACCUUCACUAAGAGGCACAAACUUCAUAUGUCCGUGAAGGCAGCGCCGACUAAGGGUGCAAGACAGAUGGGAACAAAACCAGAUAUUGUCACGUUCAGAGACAGGGACAGAGGUAAAGGUGUGUUGAGGAAGGGGACCAGGAGUAGGUCCACUGGAAAACUGUUUGAGGGAUCAAAAAAUGCCUCAGAGUCCAGUACAACGAAGCACAAUCAGCACCAGAGUAAACUAUCAGAUGGGUGCUUGACGGUCAAAAAGACAAAGAUACUCACAAAGAAUCAGAAUGAAAAACCAACUGAGGUGUCAAUGAAUGCUGUUAGAACUACACGGACGAGGAGAACGUCCACCACAAAACUAGAGACUCCCACAAAGCGGCUGAGGGCUAAACACAAUAAGGAGUCUAUGAAAUCAGUGCCUUCUGAAGGCACCAGGAGAAAGUCCAUCACAAAACCAGCGACCCUCACACAGAAACCAGGAGCGAAAUAUUCUGGGGGCUCUACGAAGACAAAUAGAAAGUCCAACCCAAAACCAGUGACCCUCACACAGAAACCAGGAGCGAAACAUUCUGGGGGCUCUAUGAAAACAAAUAGAAAGUCCAACCCAAAACCAGGACCUAUUCAAAAGAAGCAGCAGGCUGAACAAACUGACGGACUUAUGAAAAGUUCUUUAACUAAAGGGAUCAAGAGGAAGUCCGACACAAAACCAGAGACAAUCUUAAAGAAACAAAGGACUCAGUCUAUUAAGGUGUCUGAGGAAGGAGACACCAAAAUAACAGAUACCCUUAUGGACAAUCAGACUGAGAGGUGUGUGAAAACUGUGCCAGCAACACUAGAGCCCCUCUCAAGGGACCAGAAGGGAAUACCCACUGAGUUAUCUGUGUUGUUUUUUGGGGGGAAGAAGACGGACACGUUGAGAGAGACGAGAGGUGACAUCCCACCCUGGUUCAAAGGCCAAUCAACCUCCCAUCAAGCUGCAACCAGUCGAGACUUGUUUGCCCAGAAAUAUCAGCAGCUUGAUAAGCUCGGUGAAGGAGGCUUUGGAUCCGUUUAUGCUGGUUACAGGAAGACGGAUUAUUUCCCAGUUGCAAUCAAGUACAUACCCAAAGAGGUAAAAAGUGUCCCAUUGAAAAUCAAUGGAUUGAAGAAGGACAUCCCUGUCGAGGCAUUACUCAUGAUACAAGCGUCGAUUAAAAAGAACUCCAAUGGACAGUCUGCAGUUGUGUCAUUGUUGAACAAAUACGAUAUGGAACAUGAGAUUGUAUUGGUCAUGGAGAGGCCGGUACCAUCUGUGGACCUGUUCACGUAUGUUACUCGAUGUCGGCUCGGCACCCUGCAGGAGAAUGAGGCCAAGAACAUCAUGAAGCAGCUGGUGGAUGCAGCCAUUAAUAUGCACGCUGUGAAUGUUUUCCAUCGAGAUUUAAAACAAGAAAACAUUUUGCUGGAGGCCACCUCUGGCGUCCCGCGAGUGCGAAUCAUUGACUUUGGUUGUAGCUGCUUUGCAUCUAAUGGUCCUUACCAGGACUACAAUGGAACCUUAUGUUAUGCUCCUCCUGAGUAUGUUCUAAGACGGACAUAUAGCGCCGGUCCAACUACUGUGUGGCAUCUGGGUGCGCUUCUCUUUGAGUUGAUGGCUGGAACAAAACGGUUUGACACCAUCAUGUUCCUCUCCCAGAUGCUACGAUUGACUCGGGUUCUAUCUGAAGAAUGUGAAGAUUUCUUGUGGAAGUGCUUAAAUUUGGAUCCAGAGAAACGUGCCACCCUGGAGCAGAUGCAGGAGCACCCUUGGCUCAUAUGAUACUGCACAAAACGCUUUCCUCAAUGCAUGUCAACAAUGUCACUGGUAAUGACAGUUGCUUUGUAUGAUGCACCCAUAUGGGAAAUACUUCAAAGAAUACAUUAGAAUGAAAGUUCGAUGCAUCACAUUUAGUCAUUAGGGACCAGCUCAACAAGUCACAGAGUUAAUAUGAAGUUAAUAUAUCCCAGUAAUGCUGUCUGGUCUGAUUCAGGGUCAGCCAUCAUCAAUUGGAAGCUUUCACAAAAUGCAUUUUCUGCAUAAUCUAAUGGUAAUUUCCAGGUAUUUGUAUGUAUAUUUGAGGACUGUAUCACACUCUCUCAUGCAUAUUCACUUUUGUACGUUACCAAAAGCACCAUGACUAAUAACAUUGCUAUGAUUAUAAAUGAACCUGUAAUGCCAGUAGACAUUAUGAUGGUGUAUUUGCUGCCAACUGUAGGAAAUGCUGCAUGGUGCCUUAUUUGUA